CAUCGUUUGAACUCGGUUUAUUGCUUCUACGCUCCGGACGAAAAGUUAAGCCAUUUUAUUAAAGUAUCUAUUAGUGAAUAGAAUCGCAGCAAAUUACAUCAUACACGGAUUCUAAACAAUUAUUAAUAAACAAAAAUGAAGAUAUUUUCUUUACUGUUAAUAGCAUUUAUCACAUGGCUGGAUUGCAGUCAGGCCCACAUUGCUAAUAUGGUUUGCUUCUAUGACGCAACAAAUACACAGAAAGAUUCUAUGGCACUAUCAGAUCUUGAACCAGCUUUACACUAUUGUAAUUAUCUUGUUUAUGGCUAUGCUAAAAUAGAACCAGCUAAUCUUUUACAAGAACCAUCGAAAGUGCUUGUGGAUGCGAGUACAGGGCGUGAUCAUUAUCGCACAAUAACAAAUCUAAAAAGUAAAUAUCCGAAUAUACGUAUACUGCUAUCUGUUGGAGGUGAUAAAGAUAUCGAUUUGAACUACUUGGAAACCAAUAAGUAUCUACAGAUAUUAGAAGACGGAAACAACCGUCAAGCAUUUGUGGACAGCGCUGUACAGUUACUAAGAACAUAUGGGUUUGAUGGUUUAGAUUUAUCAUGGCAAUUUCCUAAGAAUCAUCCUAGAAAAGUUGUAAGUGGUUUCAAGAAAGUUUGGUCUACAGUCAAAGGCUGGUUUACUAGUACAAAAAAGGUUGACGAGAAGGCAGAAGAACACAAGACACAAUUUACGCAAUUGACACAUGCAUUACGAAGUGCCUUUAAUUUACAUGGUUACCUGCUGACGUUGACUAUGUUGCCAAAUGUGGACCCAGAACUUUUUAUAGAUAUUCCCAGCGUAAUAGAGUAUGUAAAUUUCGUGAAUUUGUGCACUUUUGAUUUCCAAACACCUGAACGUGAUCCUAAAAUAGCUGAUUAUUCUGCACCACUCUAUGAAAUGUACGAACGCGAUCCAACUCACAAUAUAGAAUAUAACGUACAAUUUUGGCUUAAUCGAACAACACAAGCCCAUAAAAUUAAUGUAGGUAUAAGCACAUUUGGACGUGCUUGGAUGAUGUCUAAAGAUUCUGGUAUAACUGGUUACCCACCCAUUGAUGACACUAGCGGCGCAGCACCUUUGAAAAAUUCUACUGCAAAUCUGGGUUUACUAAGUUGGCCACAAAUAUGUACAUUAAUUCAUGCUGAUAAAGAUUUAACUGGUGAAAAGGCACCAUUGAAAAAAGUGGGUGAUCCAACCAAACGUUUUGGUACGUAUGCCUAUCGCUCAGCAGAUGAUAAUGGUAACUACGGUAUAUGGGUGAGUUAUGAGGAACCUGCAACUGCAGCUAUUAAAGCAGGUUAUGUGCAUGCUCGCGAAUUAGGUGGUGUAGCACUAUUCGAUUUAACCAGAGAUGAUUAUAGAGGCGAAUGCGCUGGUGAAAGAUAUCCUAUUUUAAGAAGUAUCAAAUAUAAAUUGUAAGAGUUAUGAUUAAAAAAAUAAAU